AUGGCGGGCGCAAAGAAACCCGUCAAUAUUUUUCAGCUCAAAAACCUGGGCGAUCCCAAACAGGUCUACAACUGGAGACUAUGGCUCGCCGUCGUCUCGUUCGGGCUCAUGGGCGCUGCUCGAGGUGUCGAUGAGGGCUUGAUCUCCGGCGCCUUCAACUCCAAGGAUUUCCAAAGAACCAUCAACUAUGAUUCGUACAGUAAGGUCGAGCAGACCAACAUCAAGGCCAAUGUCUCUGCUAUGGUCCAGAUUGGCUCCGUCGGCGGUGCUCUCUUUGCCUUCUUGGUUUGCGAUCGCAUCGGCCGUCUCUGGGCUACCCGCCAGCUCUGUGUCCUGUGGAUCGUCGGUAUUGCUAUCUUCAUGGGAGCGAACGGCAACCUGGGUGCUAUCUAUGCUGGCCGCUUCGUUGCUGGUUUGGGUGUCGGCCAAACCGUUGUGGUCGGUCCUGUGUAUCUUGCGGAAAUCGCCCCCGCAUCGGUCCGUGGUCUCUGUACCUGUGUCUUCACUGGCUUUGUCUACCUUGGUAUCGUCCUUGCCUACUUCACCAACUAUGGCUGCCAGGUGAACCUCGGAGAUAACACACACAAGCGUUGGGAAGUGCCCACCAGUCUGCACAUCAUCUUCGCCGGACUGAUCUUCCUCCUUUCCUUCACCCAGUAUGAGUCCCCUCGCUACCUGGUCAAGAAAGGGGAGUAUGAGGCGGCUCUGAAGAACUUGUCGCGCGUCAGAAAUCUCCCAGAGGACCACGAGUACGUUGUCGAGGAGAUGACUGCCAUCCGGAACUCGCACGAGGCUGAGAUGGAAGCUACGAUGGGAUCCGGUCCUAUGGGAGUGAUCAAGGAGGCCUUCCUGGUUCCCAGCAACCUGUACCGUCUGUACCUCGCCCUGAUGGCCCAGCUCCUGUCCCAGUGGUCCGGUGCCGGUUCGAUCACUCUGUAUGCGCCCGACCUGUUCGCCUUGCUCGGCAUCACCGGGUCGAACGAAUCGCUCCUGAUCACCGGUAUCUUCGGUAUCGUCAAGUUGGUUGCCGCCAUCAUUUGCGCGCUGUUCCUGGUAGAUGUCAUUGGCCGCAAGCGCUCGCUGCUUAUCGGUAUCACAUUCCAGGCGAUCUCCAUGAUCUACGUGGCCGGCUUCCUCACCAGUGUCCCGGAGAUGGGCGUCGUGGACGACUUCGAGCUCCCGGCAGACAAGCUGGGCCCCAGCCGAGGCGCGAUCGCGAUGAUCUACAUCUCCGGAUUCGGCUGGGCCCUCGGCUGGAACUCCAUGCAGUAUCUCCUCACCGCGGAGCUGUUCCCCCUGCGCAUCCGUGCCCUCGCCACUUCCCUGGCCAUGACCCUGCACUUUGUCAACCAGUACGGUAACUCGCGUGCGGUGCCGAACAUGCUCCUCGGCACCGACCACGGCGGUAUCUCCCCGAUGGGGACCUUCUGGUUCUUCGCCGCGGUGACCAUCAUCGGCUGGUUCUGGGUCCUGUUCACCGUCCCCGAGACGGCCGGCCGCAGCCUGGAGACCAUUGACCGGCUGUUCGAGCUGCGUGGUACAAGAUCGGUCUGUACGGUGCCCGGGAUGCCGAGCAGCGCGACAUGA